AUGGAGAUCCCUGUCCCCUUGUCUGCUGCUCAGCACCGUCGCUUCCUGCAGCGAGUCCUGGUCGCAGGUUUAGAAACACUCCGGAAAGGAGGCUCGAAAAACGCGGCAAGUUGUUCAAAACUCCCGGCGGGGGAAAGUCAUCUCGCUUUUCACAAGCCUUCUGUUGGAGAAGAAAGCUCGCGUGACAUGACAACCUCUCUGGAGGCAGACGCAUUUCUGCUGAGUGGUGUCUACUGGACCCUCGCCGGUUUAGCAGUCUUAGAGGACAGCAGGCAGAGUGACGAAUACGGCGACCAAGACGAGCAAACGACCCGCGCGGAAAAGGGGCGAAUUGCGUUUGUGGACGACGCACAACGAACCCUCUUAGUCGAUCUUGUAAUGAGAUGCAAAAGAACACUUCCCUGCCGUCUUCACGUAGAAAACGUAGAAAAUGGUUACCGUUCGGCGUCUGUAUCUCCCCAAGAUACGCGCUGUGCCUGCUGCGUCGGCUUCGCGCCACAUCCAGAUCCCAGUUACCCGGCAACGUGUCUAUCGACCCUGAGUGCUGUGCAAAUACUUGUACUGCUAGGUAGAGCGGGCCCUUCCAAUUUACCGAAACAGCUACUAAUUCGAAUACAACGUUUUCUCACGCGCUUGCAAGACCCUAGUACCGGGGCGUUCAAAAACCGAUGUACCAGUUUUCCGAGUAGCUCAGCCGAACCGGACAUACGAUUUGCUAUGUGUGCAGUCGCUUGCUUCCAGCUUACGCAACUGCUCAUCAGUUAUAGUGGUUGUAAUGGACAGAUAAAAUGCAUCCCAAACGCCCUUGAAACUGGAGAGGUAACGAGCGGCAACACGUGCAAAGAUGACGCAGUCUCGAGUACGGAAGGCGGUUGCACCCAAGUUAAGCGAAUUAAGACGCACUGGUGUUGCCUGCCGAGUCAGUGGACUGUUGCCGAUCCUGGAGACAACGAAGCCGCUUCAGGCAGUUCCGAUUCGAGUUGUCGGGGUUAUAUUGACAUCGACCAGCUAUUCGAGUGGCUUACUCGCUGUCAAAACCUUGAUGGUGGCUUUGGAUGCGCUCCAGGCUGUGAGUCUCACGGCGGAACGACUUUCUGUGCCGUGGCAUCACUUUGUCUGAUUGGACGGCUUCCCCAGUUACCGUCGGUCGCACGGCAAUCUCUGGAAGGGUGGUUAGGCGAGCGACAGGCGCAGAGAGGCGGCCUCAACGGUCGGCCAGGGAAAGACGCCGAUUCGUGCUAUUGUUGGUGGAUUUUAGCUACAGCCUCGAUUAUGGAUAUGGAUCUCUCUUCUGUAUAUGACAUCCGAAGCUUGAAGCAUUUUGUCUUAUCAUGCCAGUCGGAGACUGGCGGUAUAUCGCGGGUACCAACACAGACUCGGUCUGGACGGUGUACUGCCGUGGCCGCCGCUCACGAACUUGCGGGGAGCCUAGAGGACACAGCUGGCGACCAAGUGGCCGUGGAUGGGGUGACAUCGUUAGAAACCGUAGAUGGCAAUUUGGGAAACGCACUCGAGAAUGAGACCCCCGGAAUUAGUCUCUUUGGAAAGGGUCGUUUGGAAUCGCACUCUGAUUCACCAAAAACCCCUGACCCUUUCCAUACGUUUUUCGGUUUAGCGGGCCUUUCCAUUCUUGUUCAUGACGGGAAAUCACCAGACGUGAAAAAAUCUGGUCUAGAUGAUUCUUUAUCCGGCGAAUUGGCGGCCAUGAAUCCUCUGUUUGGACUACCGAUUAACUCUUUAAUAAUGAUGUGA